GAGUACCCGCUUCUGCAUCUGAAGUGACCCCGCAGACCCAACUCCCAGCAGACAUGAAGGCCGCCCUGGUACUCGUCGCGGCGUUAGCCGUCAUUGUGGUCGCCGCCGCGGAGGAGAAGUACACCACCAAGUACGACAACGUCAACCUGGACGAGAUCCUCGCCAACGACCGCCUGCUCAACAACUACGUCAAGUGUUUGCUCGAGGAUGGGGAAGCCAACUGCACCGCUGAUGGCAAGGAACUCAAGAAAGCCGUCCCUGACGCGCUGAGCAACGAGUGCGCCAAGUGCAACGACAAGCAGAAGGAGGGCACCAAGAAGGUGCUGAAGCACCUCAUCAACCACAAGCCCGACGUCUGGGCGCAGCUCAAGGCCAAGUACGACCCCGACGGCACCUACAGCAAGAAGUACGAGGACAAGGAGAAGGAGCUCCACGAAUAAGCACUGUACUCCCAUGUCUAUCCUAUCUAAACGUUUUUCUCAAAUAAACUAUAACUUGUAACUCAA